GAUACUCAGUAUGUUUUAGCCGGCCGGGCUGCCUAGUGAAACUGCUUGAAUUAAGCCCAGCCCAAUUAUUUUUCCCUCCAUUUUUCGCUUUAUUUUUGGCGGGGGGAAACCAAAGCCGCUCACUCAGCCUCAGCGCCUCUCUUCCAUUCUUCCAGAAUCCGUCCGACAGAGCGAGCGGGAGCUAUGGGAGGGUCAGAAAUGGUGGCGGCUGCCGGAGGCGGAGCAGCGGAGGAGGUGGAUGUGGAGGUGGAAGAGGAGUUCGCGGUGUGGAAGAAGAACACGCCGUUGUUAUACGAUCUCGUCAUCUCUCAUUCCCUUGAGUGGCCUUCUCUCACCGUUCAAUGGCUUCCUUCUCCCCCAUCUGAUGAUGGACCAUUCUCCGUACAUAAACUCAUUCUGGGGACCCAUACCUCUGACGAUUGCCCAAAUUUUCUUAUGCUCGCUCAUGCCUACCUUCCUCGGAGCCCUGCUUCUGGAUUGGAACCUGAUAUCACCGGAUCUCUAACCCCUAAGGUGCAGAUUGUACAAAAGAUACACAGUGAUGGGGAAGUGAAUAGAGCUAGGUGUAUGCCGCAAAACACAUCUGUGGUUGCAGCCAAAACUAAUUGCAGUGAAGUUUACCUGUUUGACUUUGCCAAACAGCCUUUGGAUGUUGAUGAAGGGGGUUCUUGUGACCCUGAAUUGAGACUGAAAGGUCAUGAUAAAGAAGGGUAUGGGCUGUCCUGGAGUCCAUUUAGGGAGGGAAAUCUUUUGAGUGGUUCAAAUGAUUGCAAAAUUUGCUUGUGGAACAUAUUUGCCACGCCCAAUGACAAGACGCUCGAGGCAAAUUUCAUCUAUCAGGCGCACCAAAGUGUGGUUGAAGAUGUCUCUUGGCACCUAAAGAAUGAAAACAUAUUUGGAUCUGUUGGAGAUGAUUGCCAACUAAUUAUUUGGGACACGCGCACAAAUAAGCCUCAGCAGUCUGUCUUAGUUCAUGAAAAGGAGGUGAACUAUUUAUCAUUCAAUCCAUAUAAUGAGUGGGUAGUUGCAACAGCUUCUUCAGACACUACAGUUGGUUUGUUUGACAUGCGAAAGCUGAGCUCUCCACUGCACAUCUUAAGCAGUCAUACUGAUGAAGUAUUCCAGGUGGAAUGGGAUCCUAACCAUGAAACUGUGUUGGCUUCGUCUGCUGGUGACAGAAGGGUAAUGGUUUGGGAUAUUAAUAGGCUGGGAGAUGAGCAGUUGGAAGGAGAAGCUGAGGAUGGCCCAUCUGAACUCAUAUUUUCUCACGGGGGUCACAAAGCUAAGAUAUCUGACUUCUCUUGGAACAAGAAUGAGCCAUGGGUCAUCUCAAGUGUUGCUGAGGACAACACGCUUCAGAUCUGGCAAAUGGCUGAGAGUAUCUACCGUGACGAAGACGAGGAUGAGCUGCAGAUUGAUGGAUCUUGAAUGUGUUGCUUUUCUGUUGAGAGCUUUAAAACAUGUAGGAGAGGCUGGAAUUCAUGCGAUGGAUAAUCCCUGGAACAUUUUGUCAUAUCAUUAAUAGUUUUAAGACAUCAGUUGGGUAACUUGCUAAUCACCUGUUCACCAAUCAGCUUUCUCUCUCUCGCUAACAGAUUAAGCAUUCAAGGGAAACAAAACCAUUUCAGAAUAAUGGCAUUUGUUUCUG